AGGAACUCGGUUUUCGGGAAAACUAUUUUUCUUCUUUGUCGUCUUCCAGUUUUCGUUUAAUCGUCUUCCCUUCUCCCUCCGCCACCACGCUCCUCCUCCUCCUCAGUAUAGAAAAUGAAGAAAGAAGAUCAGACCGUCAAGAAUCGCCAUAUGUACGCCGAGAAGAGGUGGCUUCUUGCCUUGGGAAUCGCCGCUAUGAUCGGCGGUGCGUUUCUCAUCUCCAGCGUAGUGCGCAUCUCCGACUACUCCUUCCUGCUGGCCAGCUCGAGGGGCGGUCCGGCGGUGGAAUACUCACCGACGCCGAUUCAGCUCCAAGCGAUCAUCCACUACGCCACGUCGCGGAUAGUCCCGCAGCAAAAGCUAGGGGAGAUCUCCGUGACGUUUGAGGUUCUCAAGAACCGUUCUCCCUGCAACUUCCUCGUGUUCGGGCUCGGUCACGACUCGCUGAUGUGGACCGCCUUGAAUCCACAUGGCACCACGCUAUUCCUCGAGGAGGAUCCGAAGUGGAUUCAGACGGUAACCAAAGACGUCCCAAACCUCCGCGCUCACGCCGUGCAGUACCGGACGAAACUCUCCCAGGCGGACGAUCUCCUCAAGCAUUAUCGCUCCGAACCGGACUGCUCGCCGGAGAAAGCCUACCUUCGUGGGAACACCAAAUGCAGGCUGGCGUUAACGGGACUCCCCGAUAAGGUUUAUGACACCGAAUGGGACUUGAUAAUGAUCGACGCGCCGAGGGGAUAUUUCGCGGAGGCGCCGGGGAGGAUGGGAGCAAUUUUCUCUGCCGCGGUGAUGGCGAGGAACAGAAAGGGACCGGGUGUAACACAUGUGUUUUUGCACGAUGUGGAUAGGAGGGUUGAGAAGCUUUACGCGGAGGAGUUUCUAUGUAAAAAGUACAAGGCGAACAGUUCCGGCAUAUUAUGGCAUUUCGAGAUACCUCCGGCAGCUAACGUGAGCCAAGCAGACGGUGUUGGGUUUUGCUAAAAUGUGCGAGUGAGUUCAUUAAUAGAAUAGAAAAAUGAUAUUGGA